AAAUACAUGAGAAUGGACUCUUUCAAUCGAACCAACGUAUGAACAAGCCGUAAAGGUUGUUGGGGUGCGUAAAACCCGAAAAAGGGAUUUGUUCAACGUCUAAAAUUGCCUCAUUAUAUCCACAAGAGAUGGAUCUACACAUAUAAGCAGUGAAUGUAUUUUACUAUCUUUAAAUUCUAGAUCGUUUCUAAAGGUUUGGAAUUCCCCUGUGUCUUGUAGGAAUAAAUUAUUCAUCUAUAUGUAAAUCACCAUCCACCGUUAUUUGCAUUGAAGUUGUUCCAAUAUUUAUUGCAUUAGUAUUGAGAAAUCAAAGAGAAAAAGGAAAGAAAUUUGAAAAUGAAUGACACAGAUGUAUCAAAGCAAAUACAGCAAAUGGUCAGAUUCAUUCGGCAGGAAGCCGAAGAGAAGGCCAAUGAAAUCUCUGUCUCCGCUGAGGAGGAAUUCCAAAUUGAGAAAUUACAAUUAGUUGAAGCUGCGAAGAAAAAGGUCAGACAAGAGUAUGAACGGAAAACCAAGCAGGUGGAAGUCCGUAAGAAAAUUGAGUACUCUAUGCAACUAAAUGCGUCCCGCAUCAAAGUUCUCCAAGCACAGGAUGAUGUGGUCAACGGAAUGAAGGAGUCUGCUAGAAAGACACUUCUAAAGAUUUCUGGUGAAAAGAAUAAUUACAAAAAGCUUCUCAAAGGAUUAAUUGUUCAGAGUCUGCUGCGACUGAAGGAACCAUCGGUGUUGUUGAGGUGUAGGGAGAUGGAUGUUUCAGUAGUUAAAUCAGUUGUAGAGGAUGCAAAAAAAGAGUACAUUGAGAAAGCCAAAGUGCGUAGCCCUAACAUCACCAUUGACAAUAAUGUGUAUCUACCUCCUCCUCCAAGUGAUGCACAUCCUCAUCGUUCCUCUUGCUCUGGAGGAGUAAUUCUAGCUUCUGAAGAUGGGAAGAUUGUAUGUGAGAACACUCUUGAUGCUCGACUGGAUGUUAUUUUCAAGCAGAAACUCCCCGAGAUACGUAAACAACUUUUCAGUAAGAUGAGUGCAUGAGGAUUCUGGAUUUCUCACGAUAUUUCAAUUACUUACUAGCAUAGACAUCUACCGUGGAUGAAUUUAAUUCACUCACGUCCCCAACUUUAUUGAACAGUUGUUUACAUCCCUUCACGGAGAUGUGUUAGUUCAGUAUGUUGUUUUCAAGUAAAUUUUUCUAAGAUCUCAACAUCAUUGAAUAAAUAAUUUUUACUUUAAA